CGUACGCGCGCUUUUCGUCUUAAUAUCAUAUACGUUCUCUGUCUUAACUCGAAUUUCUCGUUCGUAAUCUUGUUCGUUGUGGCAUUUUGACGUUUUUGUUUUGCGCAAGCAUUCGCGCCGUUUUGGCAAUCACUCGCCCCCCCUGUAUAGAACGUCUAAACACUGGAUACUUCUGCUUCUUCACACACAAUUUACGUUGCUUUUUUUCACGCAAUUGCGUUUUCCCCCACACGUUCGUAACGAAAAUUCAGCAAAAAGAGUAAAAGUACCUGCGUGGAAGACAAAACGAGAGCAACGAGCAGAAAAUUUUCAUUUCUCAUUUUCAAGUGAAUUGCAUUGUUUUCUUUUUGCAAAUUAUAAACCACACUUGCCACAAACCGUCACCAGCGAUAUGGAUAUCAUGGACAUACAAGCUGUAGAGUCCAAAUUGAGUGACGUCACAGUGACCCCAAUACCGCGUUCACAAGUACAAAAUUUUUACAAUUAUCAGCAACAACGAGAGCAGCGCGAACAACAACCUCAAAUACAAAUCUCCGCCAUUCACCAUCCACCUCGUGAUCGCAGUGGCGGUGCGAGUUCCAGUUCCUCAAGCGCCACCACGGUGCUUGACCUGCAUCACAGUGUGCUCGGCGGUGGUGGCAGUGGCAAAAGUAGUGGUAGUAGCGGGCGUGAACUGUAUAGUAAGCGUGAACGGGACUAUCAUCAGCAAUCCACAAGCACCUCAGCUGCUGCUGCAGUUGCAGCUCUACAGUACACACAACAAUUGCAAGCGCAAUUGGCGCUUCUACAGCAGCAAUCGAAUACCAUCGCCUCACCCGCCUCGACGCAACGUGCCAGCCAUAGUAGCGGCACUGCAAAUAGUAGUGGUCGCAGUAAUGCUAUUGGCAGUGGCAGUAACAUUGGUGUAGUUAAUGUUGGUAACGGUGGUAUGAGUGUCGGUGGCGCUUUGGAUGUGAGUAGCAAUGCAGCGGCGAUACUAAGCGCCGCACAAUCGCAACUAAAGUACCCACAAUCCACGUCGCCCGUCAUAACUACGCAAACAUCGUCUAACAUAACAACGCCAAUGACUUCCACGGCCAAUUUGCCCACGGCGGGCACGUCAGCGGCCAGCAACGGGCUGAGCAAGUAUGCUCAAUUGCUGGCGGUGAUUGAGGAAAUGGGACGUGAUAUACGGCCUACAUAUACAGGUUCACGUAGUUCAACUGAGCGUUUGAAGCGCGGUAUUGUGCAUGCACGUAUCCUGGUCCGCGAGUGCCUCAUGGAAACAGAACGUUCAGCCCGUCAAUGAGAUAUGGCGAUUGACGCAGACGGCGGCGGCGUAAGAGUAAGCGAUAGCGUUGGUCUGGGAUACGAUGGGCUUACUGCCGAUAAGUGUGGGGACAGAUGUAACGUAAACAGUGGUGGUGAUGGCGCCGUUAAAUAGUUUAAUAGUUAGUUAGGAUUUAGAUUAGUAUAAUUAUGAUCUGCGAAGUUUCAGUGUUUACGAAUCGAUGAGACAGCUCAACAUUUGUUUUCUUUAUCUUAGCAUAUAUUCAUUAAAUUCUUACUUUAAUUGAA